AUGCUACCCAGUUAUGACGAAAUAACAGCUCAACCACCACAAGUGGAAAGAGUCAUCACCAAACAGCCAGCCUCCAGUGACAUAGAAAAGCCAUACGAGUUCGAAUGGGAUGUUCCUCAGGGAGGAUCCUACGGAUCGUUCUUAAACGCAUUAGGUGAAUUCUUUGGGAUUUUCGGCAUGAUCCCGGGUUGUUUCUGCAUACCCAAUCCUUUCAAAAAAGUCAAAGAGGGUAACGUUGUGCUUAUCACGAGGUUUGGUAAAUUAUACCGUGGUGCUGGUGCCGGUAUAAUUAAAACAAAUAUUGUUACUGACCGCGUUCAUCAUGUCGAAGUCAACUCGAAGGUCAGAGAGACCAAAACGGAAGUGUGCAGGACCAGGGAUCGGAAGUCAGUUGGGUUGACGGCAAUUAUAUUCUAUCAUAUCAGCGAGCCACACAAGGUCUUUCUUAAUCCUAUUAGGCUUGGAGUGGCGCUGGAUGAAACGACUAAAAGCAUUUUCAGCCAUUUGGUCGAGUUGCGAGACUAUGAGGAUGUCAUGGGGCAUCGUAGAGAACUCGCUGCUGCUGCUGCAGGUUCCUUGCAGCAGAGUGCUAGUACCUGGGGUGUACAUGUGGAAUCCUUAAACAUCAAAAGUCUGUACCGAAGGUGA